AGCUGAGCAGAGACGCCGGGCUGGCUGAAACGCUGCACCGGCUGAAUCGUUCCGCCCGGAUUCCCGGAGUUGAGGGGGAGAAAGUCACAUCCAGUAACUAUAUACAGAACCUCAGUCAUUGGUUGAAGAAUAUGGAUCAAGAUGAAAAUCAGAAAUGAACUCUGAAAUUACACAGGAGGUUUUCAGCAAAGCGCUAAUGGAUUUACAAGCUCCUGGCGUUCCUGAAGAAAUGUUCUCUCGCAUGCAUGAAAGGACCUACACAGAUGAGUUUGAGUCUCCUCCCAAUAAGUACUGCGAAUAUGAUAUUUUUCCUAAAUGGCAUUUACCAGUGAAAACAGCAUUAAUACUCUCUUGUUUAUUUAUUUAUACUUUCCUAAGGGACAUCAUCCAUCCCUUUGUCACUGCUCAAGAAAAUGUAUUUUAUAAAAUUCCAAUCUUGGUGAUAAACAUCUUACCAGUGGUAUCAAUUACUCUUCUGGCCUUGGUUUAUUUACCUGGGAUAUUAGCUGCAGGUUUCCAAUUCCAUUAUGGAACUAAGUAUAGACGUUUUCCACAAUGGUUAGACAGAUGGAUGUUAUCAAGAAAACAAUUUGGGCUUCUUAGCUUUUUUGGUUCCAUGCAUGCCUGUUACAGUUUGUGCUAUCCACUGAGGAGAUCCUACAGAUACAAACUCUUAAACUGGGCAUAUCAACAGGUACAGAAAAAAAAGGAAAAUGCCUGGAUUGAACAUGAUGUCUGGAGAAUGGAGAUUUAUGUAUCUCUAGGAAUUCUGGCACUUGCUUUGCUGGCUCUGCUGGCAGUAACAUCAAUUCCAUCUGUCAGCUAUUCAUUGACUUGGAGAGAGUUUCAUUAUAUUCAGAGCAAGAUGGGAUAUUUAGCGUUGCUGCUUUGUACUAUUCAUGCACUAGUAUUUGCAUGGGAUAAAUGGAUUGAUCUACACCAGUACUUAUGGUAUACUCCACCCACAUUUAUAAUAGCAGUUAUUCUUCCAAUUGUAGUUCUGACUUGUAAAGCUAUCCUGAUGUUCCCAUGCUUUAGGAAGAGACUACAAAAGAUCAGGUCUGGUUGUGCUGUUGUGGCAAUGAGACACAGAUUACUUCCAAGCUGUAGAUUCACUGAGCUUUUCCAAAUCAUAAACAAAACAAUUGGUACAUAUAGUUGCAGUUCUCUUAGUUCAAGUACAUGAAGUAAACCUCAUUAGACUUGUUGAGGUUUACGUCUGAAUAUGGUUAUCUAGGAUCAAAUUACACAAUGAAAAAAUCCGUAUUUUUUGGAGUACAAGACGCACCUUUUUCCCUCAAAAAAGUGGCUGAAAAUCUGGGUGCAUCUUAUACA